CCCAAGUAAACUCUUCGUUCAUCAUUGCUAAUUUGCAAUAGCAACCUCUCAUGCAUGUUUUUAGUCAUAUUUAGUUGAUAGUAAAAAAUUCAGCCAUGGAUAAAAAUGAAUGCAAGUUAAACCAAUCACCAGAAGCACUUACAUUGACAAAAAAAAAAGAAACAAUUCAAAAGAAAAGUUCAAAACCUCUUUCUGCUUGGAACAUGUUUUACAUGAAAAAUAAAGAUAAUCUAAAUGUUCAAAAUAGCAGUAAUGCAAAUGAAGAUUUUGGAUUAAGAUCUACAGUUCUUGCACAUGCUUGGAAACAAUGCUCCAAAAUGCAAAAAGAGCAUUACAAGAAACUUGCCAGUCACCACAACAAAGAAAAUAUUUUUUGUCAAUGUGGCAAAUUAUUUAAAAAAAAGAAAGAAUUAAACCGGCAUCAGAAGUCAUGUGGAAAAGUUUUUGAAUGCCAUUCUUGCAACAAGUCUUUCAGUGCUGAGAAAAAUUUAAAAAGACAUUUUAAAGAACAGCAUAGCGGAUAGGCUCGUAAAAGAAACAAUGUUUUAUAGUUUUCCCUAUUGCUGUGCAAGUUUAUUCCUCCAAGUUUAGUAAAAUAGAUUGAAAAUAUAUAUUUUUUGGAAAUAUAUUUUAAAUAUGUUACUAAUUAUUGUUA